CCUCAUCCGGUUUGGCGCUCCUCUAAAACGUCGCGAGAUUUCCCGCGCUUCCCAUAUCUCUCCGCGCUCACCCAUCUCGUCCUCUUUCCGCCAUCUUGCAGCGCCGCCACCAUGGUGCGCAUGAAUGUCCUGGCAGAUGCUCUCAAAAGCAUCAACAAUGCAGAAAAGCGAGGAAAACGCCAGGUUCUCAUUAGGCCGUGCUCUAAAGUAAUCGUCCGGUUCUUAACUGUGAUGAUGAAGCACGGUUACAUCGGCGAAUUUGAGAUCAUUGAUGAUCACAGAGCAGGAAAAAUUGUUGUGAACCUCACGGGCAGAUUAAACAAGUGUGGUGUUAUCAGCCCCAGAUUUGACGUUCAAUUGAAAGAUCUGGAAAAGUGGCAGAAUAAUCUACUGCCAUCCCGUCAGUUUGGGUUCAUUGUGCUUACAACCUCAGCUGGCAUCAUGGACCAUGAGGAAGCAAGGCGAAAACACACAGGAGGAAAAAUCCUGGGAUUCUUUUUCUAAGGGUGUAAAACAUACAUACAAAUAAAAUGCUCCAAUGGAC